AUGGGUUCCUCCAUUAUGAUUCCAAAAGUUUUAUGUGCUGACAUCAAUUUUCAGGAACACAAGCUGGACGAGGCAAUCUGGAAAUUAUCAGAUAAAGGGCUGUUUCCCUGUGCUACUGCCUGGGAGCACAUUCGACUCAGGAAGGAUAAAAAUAUUAUUAGUAAAAGCAUUUGGCAUAAAUUCAUUCCAUUUAAAAUUUCUUUUUUAGUGUGGAGAGCACUGCGUGGUAAACUCCCCACUAACGAAAGAAUUAUUAAUUUUGGGAUGGAUGCUGCCCAAUGUUUUUGCUGCUACAACCCUGGUGAAGAUACUAUAGAACAUAUAUUUAUAGCUGGUCAUUUUGCUAACAAUAUAUUGAGUUUCUUUUCUGCAGCUGCAGGGCUUCAACAAGAGCACACCACAAUUCGUACACUGCUGCAGAAAUGGUGGAACCUGGAACAUUCUAACGAAGUGAAGAAGCUGGUCAUCAAGCUGCUGCCAGUGAUUAUCAUCUGGAACCUCUGGAAAAAUCGAUGCACAGCAAAAUAUGGAGCAAAGCAGUCCAACACAGCUCGAGUAAAGUUUCUCAUAAUUAAAGACUUCACCCAUCUUCUCAACACAGCCUACCCAUACAAUUAA